AUGCUGCUGCUGAUGCCACCACUCCCAGUACAGCAGAUGGGCCAGGCCAUGUCGCCGAUGUCGCCAAUUUCACCCUCCGCGAUGUCGGCGAUGUCGCCUAUGUCGCCGAAUCCGUUGUCCCCAACCGCGCUCUCCCCCAUGUCUCCGGUGGAGUUCUACCCCGGCAGCCCCUCUGCGAUGCGCAACUACCACAGGAGCAACAGCGGAGCCACUGCUUCGGACGGGCCAACCAGCCCGCUCAACACCAGCAACCGCAGCUCCAAGGGACCGAUCUCCAAGCUGCAAGAGUUUGUGCAGAGCAGCAAGGCACACCCACUUCCGAGCAGCUGUGCGGUGCUUCAAUGGAGCCACGAGAAUCGCAUGGCUGGAUCCAGCCUGCAGUUCCGUGCAACGACGUCCUUCUUGCUUGAUGGAGUGCCGCAUCAUGUGCUCGGAGGAUGGUGGCCUUCAAAGAAGCAGUCGCAGCGUGAUGCAGCCGAGAGGGCGCUGGCAUUCUUCAUCGGUGUGUGUGGAAAUGAGCUUACGAGGGGGCACGAAGGACACGCCGCUGGCCGCAAGUCUCCCCUUGCCGAAGGCCACAGAGAGGACGAGCCAGAUGAGGUUUACGAGUUGGAAGACUUUGUCGGAGAACAGCUGAGGUGGAGUUGCCGCUGGGAGGCACAAGACACGCAGGAUCCCAUCCUCGAGGCUCUCUGCAAAGCCACAGUUGAGUUCCAGUACCUGGGUGUGUCGCACGUCUUUGCCGGCAAAGCUUGCAGCAGCAAGGUGGCUGCGAAGACAGACACUGCCCGACGUGUCCUCUGGUACUUGCACUGCCCUGGCUACGAGAACGCCUUCGAAGUUGAGCAAGACCAAGUGAAGACGCUGGCACAGGCCAUUCCGGAGCCAGUGCCGGGCACUUGGCCACCUACCCAGGAGGCUCUGAACGCUGCCUGCAGCCCGAGCACGGUGGCAUCGACCUGCGAGCAGGAGAUGGAUCUUAGCCCAUGCAGCCCUUCACCGUUGAGCCCGGGGCAACGAUCUCAAGCAGAGCAAGCUGAGUUGCUGGAGCGAAAGACCACCGUGAUGCGCUUGCAGAAUCGCCUCCAGAAGAUCUUCGCAAAGCAGCUGACACCUGGUAAGAGCGUCUGGUGCUGGAGGUACGAGAAGAACGAAGUGGAUCACACUUUCCAAGCUUCAGUGCACAUCUCACUCCUCGACCGGACCUUCACCGGUGGCUGGGCGUCCACUCACCAGGCAGCUCAAAUGGAGGCAUGCAAUCGCCUCACCACCUUCUUGGACAAGGACUUCAAGAUGUGA